AUGGAGGAUUUUGAUCGUUUGGCGGAUCUUGGGGAGGAAUUUGUUCAUUUGGUGGAUCUUGUGGAGGCUUUUGAUCGUUUGGCGGAUCUUGUGGAGGAUUUUGAUCGUUUGGCGGAUCUUGGGGAGGAUUUUGAUCGUUUGGUGGAUCUUGGGGAGGAUUUUGAUCGUUUGGUGGAUCUUGGGGAGGCUUUUGUUCGUUUGGCGGAUCUUGGGGAGGAUUUUGAUCGUUUGGCGGAUCUUGGGGAGGCUUUUGAUCGUUUGGUGGAUCUUGGGGAGGAUUUUGAUCGUUUGGUGGAUCUUGGGGAGGAUUUUGAUCGUUUGGCGGAUCUUGGGGAGGAUUUUGAUCGUUUGGCGGAUCUUGGGGAGGAUUUUGAUCGUUUGGCGGUUCUUGUGGAGGUUGCGGUUCUUGUGGAGGCUUUUGUUCGUUUGGCGGAUCUUUGGGAGGUUCUUGUUCUUUUGGCGGAUCUUUGGGAGGUUCUUGUUCUUUUGGCGGAUCUUUGGGAGGUUCUUGUUCUUUUGGCGGAUCUUUGGGAGGUUCUU